UCCCCCGUCCCUCGCCUCUCACGCUGCUCGGCCGAGAGACCGAGCCGCGGGCCCGGAGCGCGAGCGGCGACGCCACCGCACCUGCAGCGCGGCGCUGGGGUUGCCGCGCCGGCACCUCGCUUCCAGUCCUCCGGUCUCCUUCUCCCCUCUCGCCCGGCUGUCCAUGACGCCCGAGACCCUCGUCGAGCGACCAUGACCACUUCCCUGCAAGAUGGGCAGAGCGCCGCGGGCCGGGCAGCUGCCCGGGACCCGCCGCCCGCCGCUCAGGUGCACGGCGCUGCCCCGCGGAAGGGCGACGCCCACGGCCCCGCGACGGCCCGGGCCCGGGUCCCGGCCCCGACCCCCGGGCUGCCCGCGCGGACGCUGCUCUCCGCUCCGGACGGGCUCCGUGGCGCGGCCGCGCACAGGAGAAAAAAGAAAGAUCUUGAUGUUCUGGAAAUGCCGUCUAUUCCAAAUCCUUUUCCUGAGCUAUGCUGUUCUCCAUGUACAUCUGUGUUGUCCACAGGGCUGUUUCCCAAAGCAAAUUCAAAGAAAAAACAGAGGAGAUCUGUAGGAAAAGCAGGCAUGAGUUUGAGUGCGAGAAGAGUCACUCUGCCUGCAAUAACGCCAAUAGUUCUACAGAAAAGGGUGAUUAAAGUGUACAGUGAAGAUGAAACCAGCAGGGCUUUAGAGGUACCCAGUGACAUAACUGCCCGAGAUGUUUGCCAGCUGUUAAUCCUGAAGAAUCACUACAUUGAUGACCACAGCUGGACACUGUUUGAGCACCUGCCUCAUAUAGGUGUAGAAAGAACAAUAGAAGACCAUGAGCUAGUAAUUGAAGUGCUAUCUAACUGGGGAAUGGAGGAAGAAAAUAAGAUCUACUUUAGAAAAAAUUAUGCCAAAUAUGAAUUCUUUAAAACCCCAACAUAUUUUUUUCCAGAGAAUAUGGUAUCAUUUGCAACUGAAACCAAUGGUGAAAUAUCCCCCUCACAGAUUUUGCAGAUGUUUAUAAGUUCAAGUACAUAUCCUGAAAUCCAUGGCUUCUUACAUGCAAAAGAACAGGGAAAGAAGUCCUGGAAAAAAGUUUACUUCUUUCUAAGAAGAUCUGGUUUAUAUUUUUCUACUAAGGGGACAUCAAAGGAACCACGACAUUUGCAGUUUUUCAGUGAAUUUGGCAAUAGUGAUGUGUAUGUGUCACUGGCAGGCAAAAAAAAACACGGAGCACCGACUAGCUAUGGAUUCUGCUUUAAGCCUCGCAAAGCAGGAGGGCCCCGAGACCUGAAAAUGCUCUGUGCAGAAGAAGACCAGAGUAGGACGUGCUGGGUGACUGCGAUUAGAUUGCUUAAGUAUGGCAUGCAGCUGUACCAGAAUUAUAUGCAUCCAUAUCAAGGCAGAAGUGGCUGCAGUUCUCAGAGUGUAUCACCUAUGAGAAGUAUAUCAGAGAAUUCCCUAGUAGCAAUGGACUUCUCAGGUCAAAGAAGCAGAGUUAUAGAGAAUCCCACCGAAGCCCUUUCAGUUGCUGUGGAAGAAGGACUCGCUUGGAGGAAAAAAGGAUGCUUACGCCUGGGCAUUCAUGGUAGCCCCACAGCCUCCUCACAGAGCUCUGCCACAAACAUGGCUAUCCAUCAGUCACAGCCAUGGUUUCACCACAGAAUUUCUAGAGAUGAGGCUCAGAGACUGAUUAUGCAGCAAGGACCCGUGGAUGGAGUGUUCUUGGUACGGGAUAGUCAGAGUAACCCCAAAACUUUCGUACUGUCAAUGAGUCAUGGACAAAAAAUAAAGCACUUUCAAAUUAUACCAGUUGAAGAUGAUGGUGCAGUAUUCCACACUCUGGAUGAUGGCCAUACAAGAUUUACAGAUCUCAUCCAGCUGGUGGAGUUCUAUCAACUGAACAAGGGUGUUCUUCCUUGCAAGCUGAAACAUUAUUGUGCUAGAAUUGCUCUUUAACCAAUUGAAAAGUGACUUGUUAAAGAAUUGAAGAAAAAGAACUCAAGAAAAAAAAAAGAGAGACAGUAAAUAGGGUGAAAACUAUCUGAUGGUAAAAAGAGAGUAUUUUACCUGCAAGUUGUGAAACAAAGUUUGUGAGUUGCAAAUAAACAAAGACUUGGAUUGGCAUUACAUUCAUCAUUUAAAAUUUAUUAGUUAAAAUUAAACCUUAGGGGAAAAAAAAA